AUGGGGAAGAAGGGUGGUUGGUUUUCUGCAGUCAAGAAAGCUCUAAGUCCAUCUGCUUCCAAGGAGAAGAAAGAAAAGAGAUCCCAUAAACAUAGUUCCAAGAAAUCUUGGUUAGGGAAGCAAAGGAGCUUUGAUAAAGAUUUCUCACAAACACCGAAACCUGAUCCCCCUCCCCCUCGUUCUCCUCCCACAGAGGAGGCAAAACUCACUGCAGCCGAGAAUGAACAGAGUAAACAUGCUUAUUCAGUCGCCUAUGCCACCGCCGUGGCGGCAGAAGCAGCAGUGGCAGCGGCCCAUGCUGCCGCUGAGAUCGUCCGCCUGACUUCCACCACCCGUUUACCUGGUAAAUCAAUCGAAGAAAUUGCUGCCAUCAAGAUUCAAACAGCUUAUCGUGGACACUUGGCAAGGAGAGCGUUGCGGGCUGUGAGAGGGCUCGGGAGAUUGAAAUCAUUGAUCGAAGGCCAAUCGGUUAAACGCCAAGCAACCUCCACCUUGAAAUGUAUGCAAACAUUGGCUCGAGUACAGUCUCAGGUCAGAUCAAGGCGCAUUCGUAUGUCCGAGGAAAACCAAGCUCUCAAACGACAACUCCUUUUGAAACAUGAGAAAGAUCUCAACAACAAUAAAUCAUCUUUCGAAAAUACAUGGGAUGACAGUAGAAAAUCGAAAGAAGAAACCGAAGCCAGUUUACAAAGCAAACAAGAGGCUGCUGUACGAAGAGAAAGAGCAUUGGCUUAUGCACAUACUCAACAGCAAAUGUGGAAGAACUCUAUAAAGUCUCCAAAUCCGACAUUUUUGGACCCGAAUAAUUCUCACUGGGGAUGGAGUUGGCUAGAACGUUGGAUGGCCGCCAGGCCCUGGGAAGCUCAAAGCAUAUCUGAGAAAGAACCAUCGGUUGGAGACAUGGGUAAGCGGGUUAGCCGCCUACCUAACUGCCAGUCGCCCUCCACGCCACCCACCAAAGCUCCAUCAUCUGGUGGGAGGUUCAGGGCCGAAAGCCAAAAAGGAAGCGUGGAUGACGAUUCCAAAAGCUUUUACAGCGUGCAGUCCGAGCGGAACAGACGGCACAGCAUUGCUGGUUCAUCGGUUCGUGAUGACGAGAGUGUCGAUUCAUCUCCCGCCGUUCCUGGUUACAUGGCUUCAACAAAGUCCACAAAAGCCAGGUCCCGAAUGGCGAGUCCUAGCCACAGUCCAAGCCCAUUAGGGUCGGGACGGAAAGGCUGCACCCCAGAAAAGGGUGGUUCUGGUGCAAUAGGGUCAGCCAAGAAGCGGCUUUCGUUCUCGGGUUCACCAGCCCGGGGCACAAAGAGGUUCAUCGAGCCUCAAAUGAUGGAUUCAGUUACUACUUCAUAAAAAGGAUUUGUUUGAGGUGUUGUUCAAUUUACUUCAUUUUGAGGGGGGUUUGGAAUUGUUUUUGUUUAUGUACAAGUAUUUAAUGCAUGUUGUUGUGUUUAAUGUUGUAUUGUACAAA